AUGGACGGCUCGAAGCAGGCUGUUGUGAGCGUUGGCGAAGGAUCUGAGCCGCCGUUUUCGACCGCUUUAAACGACAUAACCCCCGACCUCUUUUCCUGCAAGCGGGCGGUCAGACAGGCGUUGCGCGCCGCUCAACUAGGCACGCGUGACAUUCAGUUCUUUGGUCGUUACGAUUGCUUCCCCAUAUGCCUCAUUCGUGCCAUAGAGGGAGUGGGGCUGUGCCCAGUAGGGAAGGGUGUUGAGUUCGUGGUGGCCGCAUACCGCAACAUGCUCGCCAGCAAUGGUGUCGUUGGCGUGUCAAAGUUUCCCAUCAACACGCAUGGUGGGUUGCAGCGCUUCGGUGCCCCAUGGGAAGUGCCGGCAAUGUACAAUGUCGUGGAGGCAAUCGAACAGCUUUCAGAAGCGGCCGGAAGCUGUCAGGUCUUUCCGGUGCUGGGGCGGGCGUUGGUGUACGGCAACGGUGGCAUCUUUUCCGCAUCAUACGUUGUCAUGCUUGGUGACGGUGCCUAUUGA